AUAGAGGAGGCGGAGAGGAAAGGAAACGAGAAAUAGUUUUCGCAGAGCCGUUAAGCUCCCUCCCCCUCCACUUCACCUCACCUCCUUCGAGGCCGGCUGCUCCACCUCCACCUAAUCCCCUUCGCCUCGUCUUCGCCUCCCUCCACCACCCGUCCAUGGCGGCCGUCAAGCCGCCGCCGCCCGACCCGUCUCCGCAGGCCGCGCGGCUGCCGUCCCCUUCCUCCUCCUCCUCCUCGGCCUCGGCGGCGGCGGCGGCCAAGCGAGGCGGCACCGGCUCCCGCGGGCUGCUGAUGGGGCGCUACGAGCUGGGCCGCGUCCUGGGCAAAGGCACCUUCGCCAAGGUGUACCACGCGCGGCACCUGCAGACCGGCGAGAGCGUGGCCAUCAAGGUGCUCGACCGGGAGAAGGCCGUGCGGAGCGGCCUCGUCUCGCACAUCAAGCGCGAGAUCGCCGUGCUCCGCCGCGUGCGCCACCCCAACAUCGUCCACCUCUUCGAGGUCAUGGCCACCAAGACCAAGAUCUACUUCGUCAUGGAGCUCGUCCGCGGCGGCGAGCUCUUCUCCCGCGUCUCCAAGGGCCGCCUCAAGGAGGACACCGCCCGCCGCUACUUCCAGCACCUCAUCUCCGCCGUCGGCUUCUGCCACACCCGCGGGGUCUUCCACCGCGACCUCAAGCCGGAGAAUCUCCUCGUCGACGAGGCCGGCAACCUCAAGGUCUCCGACUUCGGCCUCUCCGCCGUCGCCGAGCCCUUCCAGCCAGAGGGCCUCCUCCACACCUUCUGCGGCACCCCGGCCUAUGUCGCCCCCGAGGUUCUCGCCCGCCGCGGAUACGAAGGCGCCAAGGCCGACAUAUGGUCCUGCGGCGUCAUCCUCUUCGUUCUCAUGGCCGGAUACCUCCCUUUCCAUGACCAGAACCUCAUGGCCAUGUACCGUAAGGUUUACAAGGGAGAGUUCCGGUGUCCAAGGUGGUUCUCCAAGGACCUCACGAGCUUGAUCAUGCGUUUUCUUGACACAAACCCGAGCACCAGGAUCACCUUGCCGGAGGUCAUGGAGAGCCGGUGGUUCAAGAAAGGUUUCCGGCCGGUCAAGUUCUAUAUUGAAGAUGACCAGCUGUACAACGUCAUAGACGCCGAGAACGAUAUGCUCGACUUGGGUCUCUCUGAUCCUCUUCCUCAACCAUUGCCACCUCCACCUCCACCUCCGCAAGAAGUUGAUGGAAAUGACUCAGGGUCAGAAUCGGACUCAUCAGUCAUGUCCUGCCCUGCCACAUCGUCAUUUGAAGAGCGCCAGAGGCUCCGCGGGCCACUCCCACGCCCCGCAAGUCUUAAUGCAUUCGAUAUCAUAUCAUUCUCAAGGGGAUUCAACUUGUCGGGGCUGUUUGAGGAAAAAGGGGACGAGGUGAGAUUCAUCUCGAGUGAACCUAUGUCGGACAUUAUAACGAAAUUGGAGGAGAUCGCAAAUGUGAAGAGCUUUGCGGUGCGGAAGAAGGAUUGGCGGGUGAGCCUAGAGGGUACAAGGGAAGGAGUUAAGGGGCCACUAACAAUCGGCGCAGAGAUAUUUGAACUCACACCCUCCCUUGUAGUAGUGGAGGUAAAAAAGAAGGCGGGGGAUAAGGAAGAGUAUGAUGAUUUCUGCAACAAGGAAUUGAAGCCAGGAAUGGAGCAUCUUGUGCACCAGAUGGUCCCAGUUCCAAAUACACCUACCAUUUCUGAGUAGGCCAAAGGCCUUGAAGGUUACUGGCGCCACUGCCCCUAGAGCUAACGGGGAUAGGAGGAGCGACUCUCUCCAAGCUAGAAACAGGCCGGAGUCGUGUGGAACUGACAGGAGGAGCAUCUCUUGUAGUGUGGGACGGGAGCCCCCUGACCAGCUCGGGCAGGGCACUGAUGAUGAGCGCGGUUAACUCUUACGAGCUCGCUUCUCUGGAGAGCAUAACACAAUGUUGUCCGAGACGGAGCUAGAUAUGGCGUCGCCCUGGCCGCUGUUUAAAUGGACGUAUUACUUCUCUGCUUAAUUAAUUACUAGUCCUAGCUGAUUGUGUAUGUGUGUAGUACUCCUGCUGUUGGUUUAUCAGCCGAACCGAAUAAUUUUGGGCAACCGUUAAUUCAGGAACAAACUGAUUGAGGAA